AUGCCACCCAAAAAGAAUGUCCUGUUGAUGAUCGCCGAUGACCUAGGCAAGCAGCUCAGUUGUUAUGGAGCUUCAACUAUUCAAACACCGAAUCUCGAUCAACUCGCCGGGCAAGCAACGAGAUUCGAGUAUGCUUUCGCUAGUACAGCAUCUUGCAGUGGAAGUCGCUCUGUGAUUUACACGGGCUUACACACUCAUCAAAAUGGUCAGUACGGGCUUGCCAGUCACCGUCACCAUUUUGUGACAUUCGAUCACGUCGAGACAGCCCCUCAUCUGCUGAACCAAAGUGGCUAUCGGACCGGGAUCUUGGGCAAAGUUCACGUUGGACCGUCCGCAGUCUAUCCCUGGCAAGUGAAAAAGGAGAGCGAAACGAGGGAUGUUGCCGUGAUCGCCGACCAAGCAAGCGAAUUCUUCCAGGAAUCUCAAUCAGACGAGCGACCUUUCUUUCUGACCAUCGGUUUCCACGACCCCCAUCGUGACCGCACGAGAGGCGGCUUUGGAAAUGACCAGGUAUACGACUCCAGGAUCCAAACAGGCACCUAUAAACCAGAGGAUGUUGAGAUCCCGCCAUUCAUCAACGACACGCCUGGGACUCGGUUUGAGCUCGCCGAGUACUACAACUCAAUCCACCGCCUUGAUCAAGGAAUCGGAUUUGUCUUGGACGCAUUGACCAAAGCCGGUCUGGCGGAGUCCACCUUGGUAGUCUUCAUCAGCGACAACGGGCCGCCUUUUAUCAACUCAAAAACCACCCUGUUCGACGCAGGGGUCCGACUCCCUCUUAUCAUCAAGCAUCCCGACCUCCAGCCUGCUGUGAACAGCGACAUGGUCUCGUACAUUGACAUAUUGCCUACCCUGCUCGACUAUGCCGGCCAUCCGGGCGCUGUCGAUCCAGCCGAAAAGCGACUGGGCCGCUCAUUGCUUCCUAUUCUGGGAAGCAACAUCAGACGCUCAGAUUUCAACCAAGUCUUCGGCUCGCAUACGUUCCACGAGGUGACAAAUUACUGGCCAACGCGGUUCGUUCGAGACCGAAGAUACAAAUAUCAUCGCAAUCUCGCAUGGCGUUUGGACUUCCCAUUCGCUGCGGACCUGUAUGGGUCUCUUUCUUGGGAAGACAUUCGUAACUCGUCUGACAAUGAUAUCACCAUCGGGGGACGCAAACUUCGGGAUUAUUUCUUCCGAGCACCGGAAGAGUUGUUUGAUUUGGAAAAUGAUCCGACCGAGGUCAACAAUCUCGCGAAAGACCCGGAGUACUCGUCUGUAUUGGAAAGUUUGAGGGGGAAUUUGGAAGAGUGGCAACGUCGAACGGAAGACCCUUGGUUGUAUCGGGAUGGCGUUUCAACAUGGUUUAUUCGAUACCAUUUCCCGGCUGGGCUGAAGGUUCCAGAUCGGCUGGACUUUGAUAUUGAUCGGCCUGGCAAUCAAAAUGAGAAGGCUUUCAAUGGGGAUGUACCUUGGGGUGCGGAGGUUCUAUCUAAGGAUCUAGCUCCGAGUGCAUAA